CGACCAACGGUCUAACACCUCCCUCAUGCCUCUUUCCCACAUGGCAACUCCGUCCGACCAUGACCAGGUUUCGAUUCCAUGACGAAGAACAUGCCACAUGCCACACUGUCAGUCUGGGGCAUACCUCGACACCAUGCCGACAACGCCACACUGCCAUCUUGCCUCCAAGACCGCCUCGACGACUAUUGAUUACUUCCUUACGACAGCCGCAAACGCACUACACUUUUGGUGUGGCGGUCUGCUUCGCUUGAUGUGCCUUGCCCGCUUUUCAGUGUCUGAGCGUUCAAUUGGUCAAUCGGUGGCACCCUGCCGCCUGCCGCGUAACGGCAUGCCCGACGAUCAAAGCCCAAUACCCCAGGUGAAUUGCAGCUGCAGAUCUGCUUUUUGAGUCAAUGACGCAUUUCGCACUCAGGUAGAGCGUGCCAAGGUGUAUUGUGCCUCAAUGCCCCACUCGAUGUAGUUCGAGCGAGGAGGCGUCGGAUUCAUACGUUCAUACCGAGUGCUCCCAGAAAUGAUGCAUGGGCU